AUGUCGGAUGCCCGAGAAGGCAUGCAGUAUCUCUUCAAAACGAAAAACAACUACACCUUUGCUGUUAGUGGAACUGGUCAUGCCGGAAUGGAAUGUGCCCUCGUGAAUCUGCUGGAGAGAGGCGACGUAUUCCUGGUUGUAGAAAUCGGUAUCUGGGGUAAACGAGCAGCUGAUCUCGGCUCCAGGAUGGGAGCUACGGUUCAUACUGUCAGCGCACCGCAUGGUCAAGCUGUUGAAAAGGAGGCCAUUGAAGAGGCUCUGGCUAAGUAUAAACCAGCGGUACUAUUCGUCUGUCAUGGCGAGAGUUCAACGGGUGUUCGGCAACCACUUGACGGGUUAGGCGAAGCGUGUGCGCGCCAUGGUACUUUGCUUCUUAGUAGAUACGGUAGCUUCCAUAGGUGGAGCAGAAUUCAGAAUGGACGACGAAUGGGGUGUUGGAUUGUGUCUACGCAGCUACUAAAAGGUGCUCAAGCUUCCACGGAUUGGCUCCGAUUUCAUUUAGCGAGAAAGCGAUGUGAGUUGUCACUCGAAGCUUUGUCGCUGUCUAAACCUCUUGGAAAAACAGAAAAGCAGAAAUUAGCUCUAAAAGGUAGCAACGGCAACAAAAAAAGGCAGAAAAUCAAGAAUCGCAAGGAGAGGGUGCCAUCGUUUUAUUUUGACGCACUGGAACUGGGAAACUAUUGGGGAUGUGAUGGUCAACCAAUAAGGUACCAUCAUACGGCUCCGAUUUCGAGCGUUUACGCUUUAAGGAGUGCUUUAGCUGUGAUAGCCAAAGAAGGUGUUGAUGAGAGUGUGCAUAGGCAUGAGGAAAAUGCUAAGUUUCUCUAUGAAAAACUGAAGGAAUAUGGCUUAGAAUGCUUUGUAGAGAAAGAGAAAUGGCGAUUGCCAUGUUUAACCACGGUCAAAAUACCAGACGGCGUGGACUGGAAAGGAGUAAUAGAGGAGAUGAUGAGGCAAGGAACUGAGAUCGCCGGUGGCUUAGGACCUACAGUGGGCAAACUGUGGCGAAUAGGAACUUUCGGUGGAAACUCGGACAAACAGAAGAUAGCAGCCGUGUUGAAACUGCUUGCAGAUACUAUCAAGAAGAAGUCAAGUAUAUGA